CCCACACUUCUUUCCCCAAUCUCAUGCCCACUGUUCCCCCCACAGAAAAGGUUGUCCCCACGACCCUCUCAGACCAUCUACAAGCAUGUGGAAGGCACCCAGCAGGGGUGCCCUGAGGAGGAAGAGGAAGACCCUGAGGAGGUGGCUGAGCCACCAGCCCACUUCUGUCCCAUGGAGCUGAGGGGCUCUGAGCCCCUGGGCUCUCAAGCAGGGCUGCAAAACCUUGGACUCUGGGCAGCAGCAGGACGAAGGACCGCUCCCUACCUGGUCCUGACAGCCCUGCUGAUCUUCACUGGGGCCUUCCUUCUGGGCUACGUGGCCUUCCGAGGGUCCUGCCAGGCAUGCGGGAAUGACGUGUUGGUUGUCAGUGAGGAUGUGAACUAUGAGCUGAGCCCGGACUCCCACCAAGGCACAUUGUACUGGAGCGACCUCCAGGCCCUAUUCCUACGGCACCUGGGGGAGGGGAGCCUGGAGAACACCAUCAGGCAAAUCAGCCUUCGGGAAAGGGUUGCCGGCUCAUCUGGGAUGGCCGCCCUUGCUCAGGACAUCCGCGCUGCCUUCUCGCUCCAGAAGCUGGACCACGUGUGGACAGACACGCACUACGUGGGGCUGCAGUUCCCUGACCCGGCUCACCCCAACACCCUGCACUGGGUGGAUGAAGCCGGGAGGCCCGGGGAGCAGCUGCCGCUGGAGGACCCGGACGUCUACUGUCCCUACAGCGCCACCGGCAACGCCACGGGAAAGCUGGUGUACGCCCACUAUGGGCGGCCGGAGGACCUGCAGCACCUGCGGACCAGGGGUGUGGAGCUGGCUGGGCGCCUCCUGCUGGUGCGCUUGGGGAUGAUCAGCUUUGCUCAGAAGGUGGCCAGUGCCCAGGACUUUGGGGCAGGAGGAGUACUCAUAUAUCCCGACCCAGCCGACUUCCCCCAGGACCCACACAAGCCAGGCCUGUCCAGCAACCGAGCUGUGUAUGGACAUGUGCACCUGGGCACUGGGGACCCCUACACGCCUGGCUUCCCUUCCUUCAAUCAAACCCAGUUCCCUCCAGUCCAGUCCUCAGGCCUUCCAAGCAUCCCAGCCCAGCCCAUCAGUGCGGACAUUGCCUCCCUCCUGCUGAGGAAGCUUGAAGGUCCUGUGGCCCCACAGGAAUGGCAGGGGUGGCUCCCAGACUCCUUUUAUCGCCUGGGCCCUGGGCCAGGCCUGCACCUAGGGGUCAACAACCACAGGGCUUCCACCCCCAUCAGCAACAUCUUUGGCUGCAUCGAGGGCCGAUCAGAGCCAGAUCACUAUGUUGUCAUUGGGGCCCAAAGGGAUGCGUGGGGCCCUGGGGCAGCCAAGUCUGCUGUGGGGACUGCCAUACUGCUGGAGCUGGUGCGGACCUUUUCCUCCAUGGUGAGCAAUGGCUUCCAGCCUCGGAGAAGUCUUCUCUUCAUCAGCUGGGAUGGAGGUGACUUUGGGAGUGUGGGCUCCACCGAGUGGCUGGAGGGCUACCUCAGCCUGCUGCAUCUCAAAGCCGUAGUCUAUGUGAGCCUGGACAAUGCUGUGUUGGGGGAUGACAAGUUCCAUGCCAAGACCAGCCCCCUUCUGGUCAGCCUCAUUGAGAACAUCCUGAAGCAGGUGGACUCUCCUAACCAGAGUGGGCAGACCCUUUAUGAGCAGGUGGCGGUCAACAAUCACAACUGGGAUGCAGAGGUGAUCCAGCCACUGCCCAUGGAUAGCAGUGCCUAUUCCUUCACUGCCUUUGCGGGGGUUCCUGCCAUCGAAUUCUCCUUUGUGGAGGAUGGCCAGGUGUACCCGUUCCUGCACACGAAGGACGACACGUAUGAGAACCUGCACAGGGUGCUGCGGGGCCGUCUGCCAGCCGUGGCCCAGGCUGUGGCCCAGCUUGCAGGGCAGCUCCUCAUCCGGCUCAGCCAUGAUCACCUGCUGCCCCUCGACUUUGGACGCUACGGGGACGUCGUCCUCAGACACAUCGGCAACCUUAACGAGUUCUCUGGGGACCUCAAGGCCCGCGGGCUGACCCUCCAGUGGGUGUACUCCGCGCGAGGGGACUACAUCCGGGCGGCAGAGAAGCUGCGGAAGGAGAUCUACAGCUCGGAGGAGAGCGAUGAGAGGCUGACCCGCAUGUACAACGUGCGCAUUAUGCGGGUGGAGUUCUACUUCCUGUCCCAGUACGUGUCGCCGGCUGACUCCCCGUUCCGCCACAUAUUCCUGGGCCGUGGAGAUCACACACUGGGUGCCCUGCUUGACCACGUACGGCUGCUGCGCACCAGCAGUUCUGGGGCCCUGGGGGCUGCCUCUUCCGCGGUGGGGUCUGGCCUGGGCUUCCAGGAGAGCCGCUUUCGUCGCCAGCUGGCCUUGCUCACCUGGACGCUGCAGGGGGCUGCCAACGCACUCAGUGGGGACGUCUGGAACAUAGAUAACAACUUCUGA